CUGUAUUUCGUCCUGGCGGAUGGCGUAGUGUAGGUGCAAAGAAUAGUAAAAUUAUUUGGCAAUAUGUUCUACGUAACUUAUCUUACCUCGGCUCUCUGCUGCAAUUUGCUCGCAACAACAGCAAAACAAACAAGUGUCAGGCAUUCCACAAGAAAAGAAAUGAAGCGUUUGUACUGUCAAAACGAUACAAACGCUUCGUUUUUACCGUGUUCCGUUUGACACAUAGCGCAGAAAACAACAAAGCAACGGGGAUCAGUGAAAUAGCUGGAAGAUUAAGUUAAUGUUGCGAUAAAAAGUAUUUCGUUAGUUUAAGUUCCCGCCCUUGUGCAUUACUAUUCGCCGGUAAAGGAUAUACAUAAAGCGUGUUAGUGAAUGCAAGCGUCCUGAAUUCCACCAACACUUCCAUUCCUGCGGAACGAGAGCAUCCAGCUGUUCUUUAUCGUGUUUAUCGCUACGUUGUUACCCAAUCUUGACGCACAGUGCCAACUGUUCCCGUUCCGCCUUUUGCACCAAUUGCCUAAAAAGUGGCUCAAUUCGUUUCUUCAAGCACCUUUGUUCGGCACGGGAGGCUGACGUCAGUGCGGUUCUCGUCGCCAAGGCGACGCACUGCAAGAGGGUGACUGAUACACUGGGUAUUGAUGGUGCUGAUUGGCCACCACACAACAAGGGUGUUACACAUGUGUACAGAUAUCUCAUUCCGCCCGUGAGAGCGUACGCACCGCGAGAAAAAAACGACAUUCCAAGCGUGAAAUUUUCACCGAUGGCACCGACUGGGUUGGACGGAACAGCGGUCGUGGGGAAAACGAGUGCGAUAAGCCAGUAAUAGUAGCAGUGUAUUCCCUCGCUUCGUACAGCAUAACUCCGCGGUUUCAUUCAAUCCAAUUAGUGUGACGCAAAGAGUCGUCUUUUGGUGUUGUUCGGAAGGGUAGAUAGCGGGCCGUGGGUGUGACAUACCGCCGUUGCAAAAAGAAUAAAAAAACACCAACCUAAUAAACAGUAGAACCGUCUGGUUUCGGCUGCUUCCAUGAUAGGGUGUUCGUUGGUAAACAAACCAAACAUACGUUUAGUAAUACGCUCAACGGUAACAGACGGACACGCACACCCAUAAACGCGCCCGUAAGAUGGAACACCACGGGACGGAUUUUCAUCGAAGUUCUAAUUCGCUCGAUUCCGAUUCGAAGUCCAGUUCACUCAAUUCCAAGCACGGAAUGGACACAAUUGUCGCGAACGAGAAUGGCUUUACGUAUUUGUCCGGUGAGAACAUGCAGGAUCGGAAGAGCGACGUUUCGUACAUCUGUCCCUACAGUGGGCCUGCAAUCGGUACGCUCACCAUCACCAACUAUCGCUUGCACUUUCGAUCGCAGCCCGCCUCCGACAAGGAUCCGGUGAUCGUUGUCGAUUGCCCACUGGGUGCGGUCAGCCGCAUCGAGAAGGUGGGUGGUGCAAGUUCGCGGGGCGAAAAUUCGUACGGCAUUGACAUUUUCUGCAAAGAUAUGCGUAACCUGCGGUUCGCACACAAACAGGAAAAUCAUUCCCGGCGUACCGUGUUCGAGAAGCUGCAGCUAUACGCGUUCCCGCGCGCCAACGAUGGCCAGCUGUUUGCGUUUAACUAUCGCGAAAAGUUUGCCGAGGAUGGGUGGACGGUGUACGAGCCGGUGGCCGAAUUGCGUCGGAUGGGUGUGAAUAGUGCGAACAACGAUACGUGGCGCAUUACGCGCAUCAACGAGGGGUACGAAAUAUGUGACAGCUAUCCGUCGGUUUGGGCCGUGCCGAAGACGGCAAAGGACGAUCUGCUGAAGCAGGUGGCAGCGUUUCGGUCGCGCAACCGGUUACCGGUACUGUGCUGGAUACAUCCAAAGUCGUUGGCGACUAUUACGCGCUGCUCGCAACCACUGGUCGGUGUGGGUGGCAAGCGGAGUGAAGCGGAUGAAACGUACAUCAAUCUCAUCAUGGAGGCGAACGCCCAGUCGGACAAGCUGUCGAUCAUCGAUGCGCGUCCGAGCGCGAAUGCGAUCGCGAACAAGGCGAAGGGCGGCGGUUACGAGUCGGAAGAUGCGUACAAGAACGUGGAGUUGACAUUUUUGGACAUUCACAACAUACACGUGAUGAGGGAAAGUUUGCGAAAGCUGAAGGAAAUUUGCUUCCCGGCCAACGAUGACCACAAGUGGCUGUCGGCGGUGGAAAGUACGCUGUGGUUAAAGCACAUCAAGUGCAUUCUGGGCGGUGCCGUGCGGAUUGUCGACCGGAUCGAAAAUAUGCGAAUGUCGGUGGUGGUACACUGUUCGGACGGAUGGGAUCGUACGUCACAGUUGACGGCAUUAUCAAUGCUGCUGCUCGAUCCAUACUAUCGAACGCUCAAAGGCUUUCAGGUGCUGAUCGAGAAAGAAUGGCUUAGCUUCGGACAUAAGUUCGAACAGCGUAUCGGGCACGGUGACAAUCAUCAUUCGGAUGCGGACCGAUCGCCGGUGUUCCUACAGUUCAUCGAUUGUGUGUGGCAGAUAUCGAAACAGUUCCCGCACGCACUAGAGUUCAACGAAUAUUUUCUAAUCACGAUCCUCGAUCAUCUGUACUCGUGUCGAUUUGGAACCUUCCUGUACAACACCGAGCGAGAACGGGCUGCAAAUGAUCUGAAAAAUCGUACCGUCGCGCUGUGGUCGUUUAUCAACUCGUCGCACGAGGAAUACCGUAACCCGCUGUUCGGUGGAUUAAGCAACUAUCUCAGCACGAUGCCGGUGCAGACGGUACUGCGGCCGGUCGUUAGCAUGCGGCACAUCCGCCUCUGGAAGGGCCUGUACUGCCGGUGGAACCCAAGCAUGCGGCAACAGGAUCCGAUCUAUCAGCGUACCCGUGAACUGCUGGCACUGCAGGCAGAACUGAUGAAACAGCUGGAGGAUUGUCGAACGGAACGUGUUCUCAAUUAGGGGUGUGCCGUGGCAAGCAGGUUGUGGAAGACGUUGGACGACACUAGUGUGCUUUAAGAAGUUGCAAUCCACAUGCCGUUUCCUCCGUGUUUGCUUUUGCGAGGGUCACAACAUGCGCGAUUGGAAGUAGUAUUUGGCGAACAAAAACAGGCGAAAGAAAUUUAACAGGCGGUAUUUUUUGUUAUUAUAAGCAAUUCUAAUGAUUGAAAACGAUAAGUUGAUUAGGAUCAAAAUUUACUAAAAAAAACACACACACCCAAUGUAUUUGUUUCGUGGUAACAUUGUUUAAGCAAUACUGUAUUAUUAAUAAAAAAAUACGAAAGUGUCUAUAAUAAUGCGAUA